UCGGGGAGUAAUUCUAGUUCUGGCGAUUUAGAUGUCUCUGCAGGCCACUCCAGGAACCAAAGCCUGCCCCCUUCCUUGGCCAGCUGUUAGGAUGAAUUUGGGUUCCACUCAUGGCAAGAGGCCACCUCUUGCCAACUUGGGAUCCCAGAGUAGUCCGUGGCUCGGAUGGCAGCUGUCCAGGGCCCUUGACUGAUGAGCUGAUCAGCGGCUGAAGCCAGAAAGUGUCAGCAGUGUAGACCCGCGCCUUCUCCCAGGAGCAGAACUCCCAAGUUCUGGGGGAUAAGGUUCAUCAAUUUCUGUGCUUGAUAUUGGCUUGGGCUGCCUCUUCUGCUCCUUUGUGGACCUCAGCACAUGCCUCCACCCCGUGGAUGCACUCAAAGUACGGUGUCAUUACAGGGAGAGAUGCCGUUGACCUUCCAGGAUGUGGCUGUGUACUUCUCCCGGGCCGAGGGGCAGCAGCUGGGUCCCCAGCAGCGAGCGCUAUACAGGGACGUGAUGCUGGAGAACUAUGGGAACAUGGCCUCGCUGGGAUUUCCGAUCCCUAAGCCAGAGCUGAUCUCCCAACUGGAGCAAGGGGAGGAGCUGUGGGUCCUGGAUCUUCUGGGGGCUGAAGAACCAGAGGUCUUGAGAAGCUGCCAGACAGAACCUGCACUUGGGAACAAGAAGGAACUAUCCAUUCUAAGCCAGAAAUACUCUGAAAAAGUGAAAACUCAAGAAUUUAUAUUCAGAAGCUCAAGGCCUAAUUUACAGGCACCUGAGUCCCAGGAAGCUCAGGACCAUGAGUGUAAAAUAGAAGGGAAGCAGGGAAGCUCUGCUGAGCAGAAUUUGAAGAAACACUGUCUUCACAAGAGAGCUUUUAGAGAGGAGUCUGUUGUAUGCAGGGAACAACCUACAGAACAGAGAUCUGAGGCAUGUGGUGUGUUUGAUAGAAACUUGAAACCAAACCAAAGUAUUGUUAGGCUUCAAAGAAAGAAAAUAGAGGAUAGAGCCUUUAAAUGUGGCAUAUGCAGCAAAGCCUUCAAAUAUAAGUCAGACCUAAAACGCCAUCGGAGAAGUCACACUGGGGAAAAGCCUUAUGUAUGUGGUCGUUGUGGGCGAGCCUUUACUCACAGUUCAGGCCUUAAUAUGCACCAUCAAGUUCACACUGGGAAUAAACCAUUUAAAUGUAAUGACUGUGGGAAAACCUUUGGGCUCAAUUCCCACCUCCGUCUGCAUCAGAGAAUUCACACUGGAGAAAGACCUUUUGGGUGUAGAGAAUGUGGGAAGGCCUUCAGUCGAAGCUCAUCUCUUAUUCAGCAUCGUGUGAUACAUACAGGACAGAAACCUUACAAGUGUAAUGACUGUGGGAAAGCCUUCAGCCAGAGCCCUCAGUUAACUCAACACCAGAGGAUUCACACAGGAGAGAAACCCCAUGCAUGCACUUGGUGUGGGAAGGCCUUUAGUCGCAGCUCAAGCCUUAUUCAGCACCAGAGGAUUCACACAGGAGAGAAGCCCCACAAAUGCAAGCAGUGUGGCAAGGCCUUCAGUCAGAGCUCUAGCCUUUUUCUCCAUCACAGGGUUCAUACCGGAGAGAAGCCCUAUGUGUGCAGUGAAUGUGGCAGAGCCUUUGGCUUCAACUCUCACCUUACUGAACAUGUAAGAAUUCACACUGGAGAGAAGCCUUAUGUUUGCAAUGAGUGUGGCAAAGCCUUCAGCCGAAGUUCUACCCUUGUACAGCACCGCAGAGUGCACACAGGAGAGAAGCCCUAUAGGUGCACUGAGUGUGGGAAGGCCUUCAGCCAGAGCUCCCAGCUCACGCUACAUCAGCGUGUCCACACUGGAGAGAAGCCCUAUGAAUGUGGAAGCUGUGGGAAGGCCUUUAGCCGGAGGUCAACCCUAACUCAGCAUCAGCGGGUUCACACAGGGAAGAUUCCUCUUGGAGGCAAAUGCAGCCCAACUUUUGCUCAUGACUCCAGUCAUCCAUCUACCAGAGAGAGAUGUGGCAGGGCCUUCAGCCAUGGUGAAAACCUCAUUCUGCACUGGACAGUUCAUACUGGUCAGAAGAUCCUGGGAUGUAAUGAAUGUGGGAAAACACUCAGCCCUACUCAGCCCAUUAUGUAUCAGAAAACUGAUGCUGGGGACAAACCUUUUAAAUGCCAAGAGUGUGCAAAGGCUGUUGGUGGGGGUUUAGCCCUUAUUCAACACCAGGUAACUCCUGUUGGAGAUAAAUCCCUGUUGAAUGAUGGAUCUCAAAGAUACUUUAUUCAUAUCAAAAAGAUUUUCCAAGAAAGACAUUUUGAAUGUGAUAAAUAUGAGAAACAGUAAUAGAUCAUCUUGUUAGUAGAGAUGGUAGAAUAGAAGAAGGCACAAAUAUUACUACCAAACAAAAGUAAAUAGAUUGGAUGAUUUUAAUUAAAUGUGAAAGUGAACAAGA